AUGGCAGCGCUGUUUCGUAAUUUAGACUUGCCUGCCAAUCCCAUCACUUUGUAUACCAUCUCGAAUAAGAAUUGUGCGGAAACGAGAAAUGGAGAAGUUCCUGGACUGUCUCACAGCGUCGAAUCUUUGACCGGUGACUCUUUGACCGACGCCGAGACUGUUGGCUUCACCAUAUCGGGAUCCCCUCAGGAUCGUACCCGAAUAAAAGGACAGACCUCUGCGGCCCAUGAGCCUGAAUAUAUCAUCUCAGGCGAUAUUGAUGGGGUGUCCAAGUUAACCACCGAGAACAAGAGCUCUUCACCAGCACCCAAGCAACGUAAGAAGCAGCCUGCUCGGUUCGCUAUCGGCGGAUCCUCCGAUCACCCCGUCCUUCCCAACACUCGCAUCAGGAACUUGACAGCCCAGGCUCUGCAACAGAGUGAGUCUGCCGUCGGCUCUAACACCGAAGCCGAAUAUGUUGACGAGUGUGCCAUCGACGACGACGACUCUUCUGACUGGGAAGACUGUCCGGGACAUAGCGGCAAAUCUAGUGUUGACGACAAGUUCUUCCAGCGUGUCGAGUCCAAAGCCAACCUCGCCUCCCGCCCAUCGCAACUUACGCUCAUGCUUGCCGAAAACAAACGAGCCAGCACUCCUGGCAACCAAGCUUCGCAGUCAACUCCAGCCGUCCACCGAUCCCGAGGCGAACCCAACGGAACCAGUUUGGGCGGCUCUCCCAACGACUCUGAUGGAGCCCCUCUGAUGAUGAAGGGUUUCCGACACUCUGCACUCAAGCCUAUUAGCGAAAUCCCACGAUCCAACGCUCAACCCAUCACGACCCACGCUGCUCACGUCAACUUCCCCGCGGCCUUUUCUCCCCGAACCACCCGCUGCAACAUGCUAGCUACCGAACUUACCGAGUCACUCCGACUCAACCUUAUUUGGGAGCGGCAGCAGAAAAGGUCGGUCAGCAAGGCGAUGCUUAAGCGCCGCCACACUUCACAGGAUGUUGCCAACCUGCAGCAAUAUCCUCAGCGGGCAUGUGUAAAGCCGAGCGAGGACGUGGAAAUAUUCGGCUGGGAUGAAUUCUUCCUCAUGGGAACUUUCAAUGGAUACCAUUUCAAGGGCUGGUAG